AUGGACGCGGCGGAUAUAGUUACUUCCGUGUUGGUUUUGGGGAUCAUUUUCGUGUCGCUGCUGUCCAACGUCGUGGUGCUGAUCUGCUUUCUUUACAACCCGGAGAUCCGCAGGCAGGUGCCCGCUCUUUUCAUUCUCAACCUGACGUUUUGCAACCUGUUGCUCAGCGUGUCCAGCAUGCCACUAACUCUCGUCGGGCUCGUCACCACGGGCCACCCCGGAGGCAGCGGCUUCUGCCAAGUCGUGGGUUUCCUCGACACUUUCCUCACCACGAACUCCAUGCUCAGCAUGGCAGCCCUCAGCAUCGACAGGUGGUUAGCGGUGGUGUUCCCGCUCAGCUACCACUCGAGAGUACGGCACCGGGAUGCGGUGAUCGCGCUCGGAUACACGUGGAUACACUCACUCUGCUUCUCCGCAGUUGCCACCUGCCGCUCCUGGGUCGGGUACCACCAACUUUACGCGUCGUGCACGCUCUGCAAUGCCAGGGCCAGGGAAGCCGGGGCGCAGUUCGUGGUUUUCACCGUGGCUUUGCACUCGCUCACUUUCCUCCUAACGCUGAUCGUGCUGUGUGUAACGUACCUGAAAGUGCUGAAGGUUGCGAGGUUUCACUGCAAACGCAUCGACGUGAUCACUAUGCAGACGUUGGUGCUGCUUGUGGACAUUCACCCCAGUGUGCGCCAGAAAUGCUUGGAUGAGCAGAGGCGGAGGAGGCAGAGGGCCACCAAGAAGAUCAGUACAUUCAUCGGCACAUUUGUGGUGUGCUUCACCCCUUAUGUCAUUACAAGAAUUGUAGAGCUCUUCUGCCCAGGGCCCAUUAGCCCCCAUUGGGGUGUGUUGUCCAAAUGUCUGGCCUACAGCAAGGCAGCAAGUGACCCAUUUGUCUACUCGCUGCUGCGCCACCAGUACAGGAAGACCUGCAGCCUUCUUGCUAACAAAGUCCUCAAGAGGAGUCCACUCAACUCCUCCUCCCUCAGGAUGGAGAACAACGCAGGGAGGAGCGAAAACAACGUCAACACAACCAACAGCAUCCAGCCACCUACCAACAAGCCGCUUGGCCAGUGAAGGUCAUCACUUUCAGAGACAGUUAGGGUACUUUACCAAGCUAAAGGUGGCUUGGAUUUGAAAUCUUACUUUGAGGUGAACACUAAUAAGAAUAGGGGGUUCGGCCAUAGAUUGACCUCUCUGUGAGGGUAUAAUAUCGGAGUGAACGAGCUUGUCACCUAUUUACCUGCUGAGGGACAAGGCUGGCAAUAUUCUGUACUUUUCUUAUUAUCAACAAAUCCCAUGAAAAGACCCAAACCAACAAUGUGUUCAUUUGUCUUGGAAUACUUUCCUACUUUCCCCGCCUGUCUAUAGCACUCAGCCCCACACUCAUU